UUCCGUCCAGACUCUUUUACCUUCCUUUUUUUCUUCUUCUUCUUCUUCUUCCUUCUUCCGUUGCUUCCCGCUCUCUUGCUCAAGAAAAAAAACCCAACUCGAUUCGUGUUUGUUGCCAUGGGCUGCUCCAACUCUAAACCGCACGACCCGUCCGAUUUCAAGGUUUCCCCUUCUGGCGUUGCGUCCAACAGCGGGACGUUGAACUCGCGCCCGACGCGCGAGGGCACCUCUGCCAUCACGCAGCCGUCGACCACUUUCACGGCACCGACCCCGUCGACCAACUCACUCAAGUCCCCCCAGUCGGGAGGCUCGUUCACGUCGCAAUCGUCGACCGCCCAAGCAACCGCAACCCGACCAAUGACUCCCUCCGCAACCCCAACCGCCAUGCCGCCCAAGCCCAACCUGGGUGCGCAGAUCCAACAGCCCCAGGCCGUCUCGCCAAGAGCCCAGCCAGUACAGCAACGGCAGGCCUCGAUGCCGCACAUCCGAACCCCCCAGCCACCAACACCGCGCACGCCCGAGCCCCCGGCGGCCCCGAACAUGUACGUCGCGCUGUACGACUACGACGCGCGCACGCGGGAGGAUUUGAGCUUUGUCAAGGGUGACAAGCUCAAGAUCAUCAACAGCUCGGACGGUGACUGGUGGCAGGCACAGUCGCUCGUUUCUGGCAAGAUUGGCUACAUUCCCAGCAACUACAUUGCUCCGAUCCAGGGCCUUGCCAAGGAGGACUGGUUCCACGGCCGCAUCAAGCGUCAGACUGCCGAAAAGCUGCUCACCACCAUUGGCACUGUCGGCACCUUCUUGCUGCGCGAGUCCGAGUCCAAGCCUGGCGAUUACUCGCUGUCGGUGAACGACGGCGAGCAAGUUAAGCACUACCGCAUCCGCAUCCUCGAUAACGGCGGCUACUUUAUCACUGGCCGCUCGACGUUCGCCACCCUCGAUGAGCUCGUCGAGCACUACCGUCGCGAAUCCGACGGUCUGUGCGUCAAGCUCACCGACCCUUGCCCGCCCGCCGAGAAGCCAACCAUCCCAGAUCUGGCGUACAACAUGAAGGACCAAUGGGAAAUCCCCCGGUCUACGAUUGUUCUCUCGCGCAAGCUCGGUGCUGGUCAGUUCGGCGAGGUCUGGGAAGGCACCUGGAACAAUGUCACCAAGGUUGCCGUCAAGACGCUCAAGCCCGGCUCCAUGGCUGCGGACGAUUUCCUCAAGGAGGCGGCCGUUAUGAAGACUCUGCGUCACCCCAAGCUUAUUCAGCUGUACGCUGUCUGCACGGACGGCGAGCCGAUUUACAUUAUUACCGAGCUCAUGCGACAUGGUAGUCUCCUCGAUUAUCUUCACGACAAGGGCCGAGUUCUUAAGGUGCCACAACUGGUUGACAUGUCAGCCCAAGUUGCCCAGGGCAUGGCGUACCUCGAGUCACAAAACUUUAUUCACCGCGAUCUUGCUGCUCGUAACAUUCUCGUUGGCGAGAACAAUAUUUGCAAGGUUGCCGAUUUCGGUCUUGCUCGUUUCAUUUCCGACACCGAGUACGAGGCUCGCGAAGGUGCCAAGUUCCCCAUCAAGUGGACUGCACCCGAGGCUGCUCUUUACAACAGGUUUUCGAUCAAGUCGGAUGUUUGGUCAUUCGGCAUUCUUUUGACCGAGCUCAUCACCUACGGCCGUAUCCCUUACCCCGCUAUGACCAACGUCGAUGUCUUGCACCAAGUCGAGCGAGGCUACCGCAUGCCCGCACCACAAGGAUGUCCCGAGCAAUUGUAUCAAGUAAUGCUUGACUGCUGGAAGGCCAAGCCCGAAGAUCGCCCAACGUUCGAAUCGCUCGCAUGGCGAUUGGAGGACUUCUUCAUGAACACGGAAGCAAGCUACGCAGAGGCCAGCACUGUCCAAUAAUUUGUUUAAUUUUCUCGUCCUUUCGUCCACGUCUGCUUGUUGAUCCUUGUGGACUCUUUGAGCUGCCCGCUCGUUUCGUUUGAGAACAACCAAACCUUUCCAUUUUCAGUGGCUUAGGUUUGGUUUGUGCUUGUUUGCGUUGAUCUCUUUGACUCGCUCGUUAUUGGUUCUUCCCUUUGCCUUUUUGACUUUUUUUUUUUCCUUCUAUAAUCUUCCUUGUGUGCUUGUAUGCGUGCUGUUGUGGUUGAUUUGCUGUUUUCUCCCCUCUCUUCUUCAUCUUUGUCACCUUUGCUGUUCAUGUUUGAUUUCCCCCCCCCCUUCUCCCUCCUCCUCUUGUUAUUCGUGCGUGGUGUUUUGUUCUCUUCAAAACAAUGAAAACAAACUGUAAAACACA